AUGGAGAACGAAGAGAAGGCCUCUGAUGUGUCCAAGUCGCGCAAAAGCAGCCGCUGCAGAAAGUCAAGCCGUGACUCGCGCCACAAUGCCGCUGCUGAAGAGGCCCAGCACACUAACACGGAGCCAGCUCAGGACCAGAUGUCGGAGCCACCCAAGAACACUUUGGACGGAAGGAUGGACAAGUCCAGGCGUUCUCAGGGCGAGUCGCAGGAGCUCGAAGAGGCAAAGGAAAAACCGCAGGGGGAGGUCAAGCCAGUCCUGCAGCCGAACCAGGACGUCGCCGUACAGAUGACGCGCGCCAGCACCGCCACCGUCCCGGAGCCAUCGGAUCAGAGGGACCUCUUGUCACUGGUCGCGCUCUUCCUCGCCGUCACCAUCGCCAUCGUGAUCGUGUUCGUCGCCGUCCAGUCGAACCUCAAGCGCGAACUGUGCACCACGGCGUCCUGCUCCGCGUUCUCGAAGCUGCUCGACGACUCCGUCAACGUGUCCAUGAACCCUUGCGACAGCUUCGGCCGCUUCGUGUGCGACGGCUGGCGCAGCAAGCACAUGAUCUCGGUGAGGGAGUCGGUGUUCCGCUCGGCGAUCGAGGCCACCGUCGAGUCGGUGUCCAGAACCACCAUCCCAGACACGAACCAGAACGCCGGCGAGCAAACAGCGGCUCUAUUCCGGUCCUGUUACGAGUCCCUCGUGAAGGCAGACACCGGACCGGCGAGUGACGAAGUCGACCUUGUCAGGGAGUACCUAGCCGAGGCCGGCGUCGUGUGGCCGUGGGUUCCGUCCCAACCGGACGUGUUGGAGACAAGCUUGUUUCUCGCUUUAGAAUUGGGCUGGCCUGCAGUCCUCGACUUCAGGGUCAAGGGCACUUCGGCGCAUUCGAGCACCGUGAUCGUCGAGCCGUCGGCGGGCUUUGCGCGGCUGCUGGCUCUGACCGAGCCUCGAACGUCGAGCGAGCACGAGCAGAAGAGAUAUUUUGACGCUCUUGUCCGGCAUUACGGAAACGGCGACGUCGGCAACGUCACCUACAGUGACGUCCAGGACGCCGAGCUCCUCAUGAGGAAACGCUUGAAAGACGCUCUCUCGUUACAAAACUGGACCAUGCUGGACUCUAGCGAAAUGCACCCCGGUGCAAGCGCGUGGGCCGCCGCGCUGGCGAGGCGCAACGUCACCGGGGCGCUACGGUUCGCCACGAGAAGUCCGUCUUUCGUUGACGCGUUCAGUGAGCUCUGGGAAGAAUACGGUAACGAUAGGAUGCACUUGUACGUCUCUUGGUGCGCUGUUCAGUACGUCUCGAUAUUCACCAGCCGAGACGCCGUGCUCGCCGCCGUCGGCAGUACCCGACUCCCCAGCUGGACCUCCUCGCCAUCGAUCUGUCUCAUGUUCACGUACGGCGUGGUUGGGGACGCCGUUUUCGUGCCGUACAGCACGCAAGCUCUCAGGUCGGGCGUGCGCUCGGACGUCGCCAAGUUGCUGUUCUCUGUGCGCAAAGCGUUCACCGAGCGCUUCAAAGCCCAGCCGGCGUUCUCCGGCAGCACGACCAUGCUCACCGAGUGGGCCUCCGUCAAGGGGGUGUUCGAGGCGUUUGACUACCCGGUAGGUCGUGACCUGCGCGCCCCGUUCGUGGGUUAUCCAGACAUGACGUCGUCUUUCGUGCGCAACUGGAGGAACGCGUCGCGGCUGCGCUACCUGGCGGACUCUAACGCCGACGUUCUGGACACGGUCGACGCCAUCAUGAACAGCCAACUUUACACCGUCAAGAAGGGCGCGCAGGACUUCGUGAUGUUGCCCUUCGCGCUGACAUUCCCAGUGUACGACGCGGAGAUGUCGGUCGCGAUCAAGUACGGCACGCUCGGCGCCCUGCUGUCUCGCGCGUCGGCAGAGAUCGCCCUCGACUAUUACGGCAGGCUGGAUGCGACCAAGGAGCAUCUGGACGAGUCUCGCGAGUGCUUCGCCAGAGACGCCCGCACGAUGUCGAUCGCGCCGCGGGACGACGUCAUGCUGGAGGCGGUCGCCCUCGAGGCCCUACGGGAUGCCGUCCAGGAAGCCUUUGACCGGAAGCGUCAGAAUCGCGAGGGUCUCGGUCAUUACUCGGCGGAAGAGACGUUCUUCAUCUCCUGGUGUCUGAUGAAGUGCGCCUCACCUCCCAACGAGCGUAGCGCGGACGUGGACCCUUGCUCGGCGCCGCUGCGGCACCUCCGGAGGUUUUCGGAGACGUUCGGCUGCCAACCGGAGACGUCGCUCAAUCCCGUGCGCAAGUGUCGGGUUUUCUGA